CCCUAGCCCACUUUAUUUUCCUUUUGUGUGGACACUAGUCCAUCAGCCUUUUCUACGGUUUCAUCACUGCGCUAGACUUAGCUGAUCGUUCUCAGAAAUGACGGUAGCGCUUCCAUCGCCGAGUCGUGUUCGUGAGAGUUAGUCGCAAUUGGAGCAAUCACAAUUGGGGUUUUCUAUUCCGUAUCCCUUGACUUUCUUUUUUUCCCUCGAGCUGGCUGGCGCAAUGGAGUCGUGGGGAAGGUGAGGGAGGAGGGCAUGGGCGUGUGCGAGGGAGCUGGGAUGAUGGUGAACCGAGGGCGAUAAGAAACGGGGGUGUGGCGGAGACAGGAAUCCAGGUGAGGCCAUGGCGGACGUUGGAAUCGGCGACUGUGUAGAGGCGGAUUGCGGAGUGUGGCAGUGAGGAGGAGGCGGAAGGGUGGUUGGAGCAAUACCCCGCCGGGGUGGUGGUGGUGGUGGCGGGUUUGGUGUUGGGAGAAAGGGGGUGAAUGGUGAGUGGCGGGGUGGACUAGGGCGGGACUGGGCUGUGUUCAGGGAAUGAUGUGUUGUAGAGUGUGGAGAAACAGUUUGGACAGGUGGCCAUGGACAUCUUACAUGCACGAGGAUGGACUCGAGGAGGUUGUCGUUUGCCGCUGAUGGUAUGUUGUCUGUCCUGCGCAACUCGGGAAUUAUGUGAGGAAGUGUUUAUUAUAUUUAAGUGAUCUAGAGUGCUCCUUGGGGGUGCAAAGUUAAAAUUUCGGCGAUUGGGAAAAGCGUUAGGGUUUCGGGCGGAGGAGCCUCGGAUGAUGUCAAGGUACGCUGGAUGGUAACUCGAGUCGGAAGAGAAUGGUAGUGGGGUCGGUAGAGCCAGUGCAAUGAAGGAGUUACCAGGCAGAGAAUCUGGAGGCGUUACGGAGGCCUCAUCUGCACAGGGUCGCUCGCUAGCGAAAGCAACGCAGGAACGGGUACCUCUGACCUCUGACGAUGUAGACUCCGAGGGGAGCGAGGGAGUGUAUGGGGAGGAGAUCACGGUAAGGCAGUGGCUUAGCAAGCCCAAUCGUGAAGUAGACAGGGUGCAGAGUCUUCACAUAUUCAAGCAGGUGCUAGAUUUUGUAGACCUCGCCCAUGGCCAAGGCGUUAUGUUGCGAAACAUUCGCCCGUCCUGCUUCCUUUUGUCUCCCUUAAAUAGGGUUGCAUUCAUUGAUUCUGCCAGUACUCGAAGCAGCUCAGACCAAUCCUAUGAGAAUUCUACCGGUAAGGGGUCAGCGUCUCCUGAAAGAAGACAUGGUGACGUUGGCGCGGGGAGAAGACAGGCGGAGUCCUCGGCUCAUCCCCCAGCUGGAACAGUAUCAUCGAGGCCUACAUCCAGCAGCCGAGAUCCAGACAACCGAAGACCAGAGCAGGCCGUGUCUUGUCCAUGGUUGCCGGAUUGGAGUGGAAGUACAGGAUCAGAAGGGGAGAGAAGAGCAGGAUCCAGAGAUGGUGUACAAUCCUCUGAAAUGAAUUCCUCGUCUGGUAAACGUGUGGAUUUGAAUAGUAGUGACGGGGCGCUGCGAAAUGGCGAAGACUGCUUUCCACAAAGGCAGUUGUUGCACAUGGAGCAGGCAUGGUAUACUAGCCCAGAGGAGCAUGCAACUGGCACGAGCACAUAUGCCUCUGAUAUUUACAGUUUAGGGGUGCUUAUGUUUGAGGUACUUCUAUCUGGCCAUCUUCAGCAGUUAUUCUGCUCAUUUGGGUCAGAGGUGGAGCGUGCAAGAGUUAUGGCUGAUUUGCGGAAUCGUAUUCUUCCACCACGCCUGUUGUCGGAGUGUCCUAAGGAAGCGUCCUUUUGCCUUUGGUUGCUGCACCCAGAUCCAGCUUGCAGGCCAAAAUCUAGGGAUAUUUAUAAUUGUGAGAUCUUGUCUGAAGCUGGGGACGCAAUAGCUGAGAGGCAAGCAGCUGUGCAAUUGGAAGAGAAGGAAGCCGAGUCAGAAGUACUUUUAGAGUUUUUGUUAAGAAUGCAGAAUCAGAAGCAAGAGAAUGCUCGGAAGCUGGCACAAGAUGUGUCACGAUUGAGUGCAGACAUCCAAGAAGUUGAAAGAAGGCGGCUUGCAUUGAAGAAAAAGCGUGGUCCGAUAACUAAAGGAGAGAAUAGUGGGCAGAGACGGAUCACAGGUGUCAACUUGCAAGAACGAAAGGGGAUUUUGGGAAAGAGACCGCACCCAGAAGACGGGAUUGGAGGUAGAGAAAAAGGGAUUGCUUGUACAGAUGGGAGAGGUAAAAUGUUAUCGAAAAGUGCUAGAUUUAUGAGUAACUUCAAUCAUCUAGAAAAAGUUUACUUCUCUAUGAACUGGAGAGCUGGUGCGCCUGGAAUGGGUAUGUCUAAGCCAAGUUCAAGGCUAGGGGCGCAAAGUCUGAGUAUUGGUUGUGCCUCGAAUGACGACAAGAAGGGAAUCUCAAGAGCAGGAGAGGACAAUGAGGAAGAUUGGUUGGGCUGUUUCUUUGAUAGUUUGUGCAAGUAUGCACGGUACAGCCGAUUUGAAGUGAAGGCCACUUUGCGUCAUGGGGAUUUAUUGAACACAGCGAACAUGGUUUGCUCAUUAAGUUUUGAUCGGGAUGAAGAAUAUUUUGCAACUGCUGGGGUGUGUAAACGUAUCAAAGUUUUUGAAUGUGACACAAUACUCAACGAGCAUGUAGAUAUUCACUAUCCUGUUGUCGAAAUGCCAUGUCGAUCCAAGUUGAGCAGUGUUUGCUGGAAUGGUUAUAUAAAGAGCCACCUAGCCUCUUGUGACUAUGAGGGUGUGGUUCAGUUGUGGGAUGCCAAUGUGCCUCGAGUUCUGAGGGAUUAUGAGGAGCAUGAGAAAAGAGCCUGGUCUGUAGAUUUUUCAAAGGCUGACCCAACAAAGUUGGCCAGUGGUAGCGAUGAUGGAACUGUGAAAUUGUGGAGCAUUAAUCAGGAGAGCAGCAUAGGUACGAUUAAGACCAAGGCCAACGUGUGCUGUGUCCAGUUUCCACCAGACUCGGGGCAUCUUUUGACGUUUGGAUCAGCUGACUACAAGGUUUAUGUUUAUGAUUUGCGUACCACCAAACUGCCCUUAUGUAUUUUAGCCAGUCACCAGAAGGCUGUGAGCUAUGUGAAGUUCGUGGAUUCGGUUACCCUAGUUUCUGCAUCUACAGACAACACACUCAAGCUAUGGGACCUGACGAGAGCAAAUACAACCCCUCAUGCCCAGACUGGUUGUUCGCUCACGUAUACUGGACAUACUAAUGAAAAGAAUUUUAUUGGUCUAUCUAUUGCAGACGGUUAUAUUGCUUGUGGAUCAGAAACAAAUGCGGUGUUUGCGUAUCAUAAAUCCCUUCCUAUGGAAAUGGCAUCCCACAAAUUUGGGUGCACAGAUCCAAUCACAGGCCGGGAGGUUGAAGAAGAUGGAGGGCAAUUCGUUUCGAGCGUUUGCUGGAGGGGGAAGUCGCAAACUCUUGUGGCUGCGAACUCCAUGGGCAAUAUCAAGAUUUUGGAAAUGGUGUGAAGUCCUUUUUUGUUUCGUUUUUUCUUUUAUUUUUUUUACUCACCCUCAAUCUGAUUCUUUUUGAGGUUGUGGAACUAUGCCAGUGGGAUUAACCCCUCUGGGGACUGUUUCUGCGCUUAGGUGUAUGUGGUUGAAACAUCUCUUCUUGUUAGUGAAGCACCUUGUUUAUCUGUCAGACGCUGCUAGAAACAGACUGGUAGGAUGACGUGAUAUAUUAAAAGAAGGCAGAUUGGUAUACAAGUGGAGAAACUGCUUUAAUCUGAAACUUUCUCUGUAGAAAUAUGGUUCACCUCCAGAGCAGGCUGCUAGAUGGAGUAAAGAGGGUCUACACCCAGCACAUCUUAUCGAGUCGCAACCAUAUCUAUUUGGCAUUUUUGUCGUCUGUGAUUUUGAUGCAGUGAAUUGCAUCAGAGUUGCCUCGCAUAGUUUGUACUUUUACCAGAGUGGGUUCUUCGACAGAUAAUGUUUCUUGAGUAGGUAAGCUGAUAUGUCCCCAUGCAUUCAAAAAUACAUCUAGUGUGCUGCACCACAGCAACUAGAAUUAAAGGCAUGUAAAUUGACCGGAAGAAGUAAUCAAUAAAAUGCCACCUCUUUUGCCA